AUGAAGGUUGCACCAACGUCUAUUAGCAGUAGCUCGCAGCACGGAGUAACAAAGAUGGAGGAUAGCGCCACAAAACCAGUGUCCGAAAACGUCGACGACCCUCCCAACAGCCGACUUUUCGCCGUUACGAGUCGGUCUAUAACUGAAGAUGAGCUUCGGGAGACUUUUUCUAGAUAUGGGGAAGUUCAGGGGGUUAUGGUGGUCAAAGACAAGCAGACAAAGGAGUCCAAAGGCAUCGCGUAUAUUAAGUUUGCUAAAUCCUCCCAGGCCUGCCACGCCAUGGAAGAAAUGCACGGAAAGGCCGUACUGGAUGGAUCCAAACCCAUUAAGGUGUUUAUUGCCCAGUCUCGAAAUUCAUUCAGACACAGAGAUGUUGAGGACGAGGAGCUGACCAGGAUCUUUGUCAUGAUUCCCAAAACCUUCACAGAAGAGGACCUAAAAAACACAUUCAAAGAGUAUGGAGAUAUUGAGUAUUGUGUGAUCAUCAAAAACAAGUUUACAGGGGAAAGUAAAGGACUGGGCUAUGUCAGAUACUACAAACCCUCCCAAGCCGCCCUCGCAAUCGAAAACUGCGACAAAUCCUACAGAGCCAUCUUGGCUGAACCUCGCAGCAAAACCAACAACUCGGAGGAGUACACGGCCGGAGCAAACCGGGGGGAGUACGCCAGCACCGCCGACUCCAUGAACCAGUACUCCUUCCCCACAGCGGACCCCGUGAACUACGGGCAGAUGGACUACCGCUCCGGGGAGUACACCCGCUGCCUGAUGAUGUCCACGCGGGCCGCCCUGACCCAGGAGCAGAUCUUUGCUCUGUUCGACAUCAUCCCUGGCAUGGAGUACUGCGAGCUGCAGAGAGACUCUUACGGGAUGAGCAAAGGUCAUGCUUUGAUUCGCUACAGUAAUCUGGGCUCAGCCGUUUACGCCAAGGAGAAGCUGAAUGGCUUCGAGUACCCGCCCGGUAACAGGCUGGUGGUCAACUAUUUUGACGACGGGGAGGAUCACAGCAGCCCCGUGGGUCGGAUGGCGAUGCAGUUCGUUGCCACCCAGAUGAUGUCAGCGGCGUGGAACGGGGGGGCCUCCACCAGCCAGAGCUACACGCCCAUGACCCCAGUGUCCCGCGUUCAGACCGACGUCACCCUGCCCCCCCCGAAGAAGCUCGCCCCCCCGGACAGCAAGUCCAAGGAGCGCCUGUUUGUGGUUUUCAGCCCCAGCCCGCUGCCCCCCGACGUCCUGGAGGACGUUUUCGGCCGGUUCGGAUCCCUCAUCGAGAUGAAGGUGAUGCUGGCCGACCCGCCCAGAGAGGAGUCCCACAAACGGCCCCGCACCUACUAG